AUUUUUUUCCCACUUCCUCCCCUCCGUAGAGGUUUCCCCACCUGCUCAUUCGGCCGCCUCCGUACUACUCCCUCCUUCCCCCCCUCAGCCCCUCCCCGCUUCCCCACAAGAACCGCGUUUGGUUCAUUCUCGACCCAAGGACCAUCCAUCUUACAGGUCUGGCAUGCUCAGGGGGCAUCUGUUGGCGUAUUGCCCAUAGAUUAAUUUUAUUAUGGAACGCCCACUCCAUGCACCCUGUACAUACAGUACGGAGUACAAUUUCUUAUUAAGGCAACAGUAGUCUCCCCCAGGUUUUUUUUGGUCGUCUUGCUUCCCCAUUCCUCGUACAAACGAUCACACGAGCUCGCUCAUUUCACGCCCUAUCGACAAGAAGACCGAUCGAUUCGUCGUCUUCAAGUUGCGCUGUUGCCUCGUCCGUGGAAGCUGAAACGCCCAGUCGUGCUCAGAUAACACUCCUUUGCGAUCGAGCCCAUAGCAUGGCCUGAGAACUGCCUCUGUUGCAACGGUCGCGCAUUCACCAAUUCGACGCCGGCGCAUCGAGAGCCACUUCCCAAGAGGGGACCAUUUUCAACCUCUUUGGCGGCGGCGGAUGCCGGGUCCGAAAUCUGAAUCUUAGUACGUCUUCGCCUCGCAGUUCGGAUCGCAAAUAUGGUUUACGACGCAGCAUUGGAUGCGGCCUUUCGGGGCAACUGUUAUAUUCCCUUCCUCCAAGAGGAAUUAUACGUCAACAUCACAACUGGCUAUAUUCCUGGCAGAAUAUGUACGGAACUCGCGCCAAAUAUCACCUGUUGCUUGCCAUGUCCGUCGACGGAAUGGUUAUACCCCGACUCCUUCCAGACGGCAACAAAUGCGAGUAGCUGGCUCAAUGUGGUAGGACUGGUGUGCACUGUGUUCCUACUACUUUCGUUUGCGGUUCUGCCGGUUGAGAAGACGCAUCGGCACUAUCUGAGUAUUUGUCUUGUCAUUGCCGUUGUAAUUAUGCACCUGGGAUUUGUUAUCCCCUUGGGAGCGAGACCCGAGCAAUGCGCCAACGCCAUUACGCCGCAUGGUAUGAAGAGUAGUACAACAUGCGCACUCUCUGGUGCAUUUCUCUUGGCUGGUGGUUGGUGCGGUAUCAUGUGGGUAUUCAUGCGUGCCCUCGCGCUGCAUUUGCAAAUUUGUUGGCAAAUUGUAAUUGGAAAAGCCUUUAUGUGGGGUGCUUUAGCUGGAGGCUGGGGUGUUCCUGCUGUUGCUCUUGCUAUUGCCAUGGUAUUCAGCGGAGUUUCAUUUCGCUUUGGAGAAACCUGCCAUAUCAACCACACGAACAGUCUUGCGGACUUUUGGAUUCCGCUUCUGAUAUUUGGUGGCUUGACUGUCAUCAUCCAGUUCACCACGUUUGGAUACUGCAUAAAGGUCUAUUUGGCCUCUCUUUCUGAUAACAGCAGCACCACCAACAGCUCUGCGCUUCCGUCGUAUUCGGGUAGUGUUGUUACUCUCACCCCACGACAAGCCUAUCGCCGAGUUCAACGAGUUGUGGAACUUCAAUGGAGGGGUAUCGCCAUCGUCAUCAUCAUCAUAAUCGAUGUCAUAUUCUUUGCGGUUGUCUUCGUCGUGAUGGACAAUAACCAAAUUAAGGCAGCAAAUAUCUCGCUGCUCGAUGCCACGGCGGGAGGAAAAACGGAAACAAACCCAUCCGUGGACUGGCUUCUCUGCUUAGUGACGAACCAGGGCAAAAAAGGCCUUUGCUUGGAGAAAUCCGCCGACCUGAUCAUGAACCAGGCCACGCUUAUCGCUGUCCUUGUUCUUCUCUCCUGCAACGGUAUUUGGCUGUUGCUUCUCAUGUCGCGCCUGUCGAUGUUUACGGGUUGGUACGACUUAGUCAGGUCAAAGCCCAAGCCCAGCGGGGAGUUUAUUAGUGCAGAUGCUGCCAGAGCUUACAGUAAGGAUCCUAGCACUUACGAGAUGCUUGCCUCGAAUGGCCGAGACGUGGACUACCCGUCGAAACCCGAUCUUCCUAUAACUCAAUUAUCUCUAGCCGCCACGUCCCUAGUAGGGAGAUCCGGGAGGCAGACGCCUGAUUAUUUCGGCCGCGAAGCCAAAUAUCAAAAUCCCACACAUUCAUUUUCGUCGCCGAGACCACCUCCAGGCAGAGAUUGGAAUUCUGCCGCAACGCACGCACCGUCAGCACACCAACCGCACCUCGAUCCGUUGAGCAUGAACAAAUUUUAGGGGCUCCAAAAACAACACUGUUUUGUCUAUAAUUCACAAAUGAUCAUAAUGCUGGGAAAUAUAGGGAGUCAUGGGCGCUGGUUGGUUUUCGGGAGGCUUGAGGAUGGUUUAGGAACAAAGUGAUGCAUUUUAGUGAUAGAACUGUUGUUGUAUGUAUGCUCCAUUGGUGUGCUAGUAGAUUACAGGGUUGGAUACUUUCACGUUGUUUAAGACUUGAGGUUAUUGUAAAGCUCGUUACCUUGUAUACUUCGAUUCAAUCGAUUCAGCUGCAUGAUUUCAUUUCACAAAUAUUACAAAAAG